GGCAACCAAUUUUCCUCCCCUUGCCGUUUGUGUACAAAAUGAUUACCCUCUCCAUCACCAUGGGGUGUGAGAGUAUGAGACAGUCACAAGCGUGCGAGUUCGAGCAUUGUAUCUAGAGCAACACAAGUUAGAAAACAACAUUUAUCUGUUUUCAGUCAGAAUAAGAAGAACGUGAUGAACGUAUUAGGUAGAGUGUGUUGAUGGCCGGUGUUUAUAUUCUGUAAUCCAUGCGAAGUGAAAAACAUGGAUGAAACUGCUGCAAAAAACAAAAGACUUCAGUUCGGAAAUCGCUACCUCACCAACAAGGAGAAGGUGUUCGAACACAAUGCUUGGGAUAACGUCCAGUGGUCAGAAGAACAGCUAGACGCUGCUCGACUGAAGGUUGCUGAAGUCGCUGCGACAAAGGCGGAUCAGGAGACCCGGGCUCAUUUCGAAAUUGAGGCGGCAAACUACUGGAAUAAAUUCUACGAUAUCCACACGAAUCGCUUUUUCAAGGACCGAAACUGGCUUUUUGUUGAAUUUCCUGAACUUCUGCCGGUAUCGCAGCCUACCAAAACGACAGAUACCGAGGACUUCGUCACAACUCGCGAUUUUCCCGGGAAAGAUGGGGCGUUUCGAAUAUUUGAAGUGGGAUGCGGAGUUGGCAAUACGAUACUUCCAAUUCUUGACACAAACAAAAAUCCUGGUCUUUACGUUUACGGAUCAGAUUUUUCUUCAAAGGCUGUCGACGUACUAAGGAGUCAUGAGAAGUUCGAUUCUGCAAGGUGUACGGUGUUUAUCUGUGACGCCACGGCAGAUGACUGGCAAACUCCGUUCCCCGAAGGCUCAGUGGACAUUAUCAUCUACAUUUUUGUGCUUAGCGCCAUUUGUCCAGAGAAAUUCGCGCACGUUGUAAAGCAGAGUUGGAACUAUUUGAAACCCGGAGGAUUAGUCCUAUUUAGAGACUAUGGUCGUUACGAUAUGGCGCAACUACGGUUCAAAAAAGGAAGAUGCCUCGACGAUAAUUUCUAUGUUCGUGGAGACGGAACUCGAUGCUACUUUUUUACCCAAGAGGAACUAUCGCAACUCUUUACAUCGGCUGGUUUUCUUGAGGAGCUGAAUUACAUUGACCGACGACUGCAGGUGAACAGAGGAAAACAGCUGGAGAUGUACCGCAUUUGGAUUCAGUGCAAGUUUCGCAAGCCAAAAUAAAUUAAAGAAAAGCAUAGCAUCAACAGAAAGCUGUGUUUUUUUAAUCAAAGUAGUACUUGUACCGUGACAUCAAGACCAGACGAACGGUGGUCCACAAAGCGAGAUUACAAGGAUACAGAACUUUUUUCUCAAUAUGAUCAAUUAUGAACCACUGUGUGCUGUUAUAUCGUACACUUUCAAUGGUACGAACACAUCUAUAAAGAAA